AUGGCGUUCACACCUUAUGAUGAAGCUCUGCGCACACACUUCAAAGUCAACACCAUUGGUCCUCUUACUUUGUUUCAAGCUUUCCUCCCCUUGCUUCUCAAGUCUGCGAAACCAAAGUUUGUGGCUAUGAGCACUGACGUCGCUAGUCUGGGUGAUACGGAUACAAUGCCAUUGAUGCCUGUAACUGCGUACGGAGCCAGUAAAACAGCAUUGAACUAUAUUGUCAAAAAGAUACACUUUGCGAACCCUGGAGUAUGUAGUUGGGUGUUGAGCCCAAAAUGA